AUGUCGCUGCAGAUCCCAUCCGCUCCUGGUAGCGGGCUAUUCAAGUCUGGUUAUCAAUCAUACGCGAGCGAAGAUGGUGCUGUCAUUCGAAACAUCGACGCUUGCAGCACUAUUGCCUCCACAGUGUUGACCUCCUUAGGGCCUUUCGGUCGUAAUAAAAUUAUCAUCAACCAUCUCCAGAAGAUGAUCCUCACGUCGGACGCUGCUACCAUUUUGCGGGAGCUGGAGGUUGUGCACCCGGCCGCAAAGCUGGUUGUUAUGGCGAGUCAACAGCAAGAGGCUGAGAUGGGAGAUGCUACCAACUUGGUGAUCGUGUUGGCGGGAGAGAUGUUAAAAAUGGCCGAAGGAUUGAUUAGGAUCGGCUUACAUCCCUCGGAGAUUGUCAAUGGUUACGAGAAAGCUGGAGAGUUUGCUUUGAAGGCUCUUGAAGAGCUUUCCGUCGACAAGAUCUCCGAUAUUCGCUCGCUAGAAGAGCUCAGCAAAGCUAUCAAGACUGUCAUUUCCUCGAAACAAUAUGGCAACGAAGAUCUCCUUGCGCCUCUCGUUGCUGAAGCUGUGCUUGCAGUCCUCCCCAAGAAUCCUGUGAACUUUAAUGUCGAUAACAUCCGCGUUGUUAAGAUUAUGGGAUCUUCUCUCCCACAAAGCCGUGUCGUCAGGGGGAUGGUUUUCCCAAGAUCGCCGGAAGGCACCAUUAAGAAAGCUCUCAAGGCGAAGGUCGGUGUCUACUCUUGCCCAAUUGAUAUCUCACAAACCGAGACAAAGGGCACCGUCUUGCUACACAAUGCCAAGGAGAUGCUUGAUUUCACAAAGGGCGAAGAGAACUCUUUAGAAGCUAUCAUUAAGGAGAUUCAUGAUUCUGGUGUAAGAGUGGUCGUAUCUGGAUCUACACUUGGCGAGCUGGCGCUGCAUUACCUCAACCGCUACAACAUUCUUGUUAUCAAGAUUCUGAGCAAGUACGAACUGAGAAGAUUGUGUAGAGUUGUCGGCGCUACCCCCCUGGCGAGGUUGGGCGCGCCAAUGCCUGAUGAGAUGGGAAGCGUAGAUGUCGUUGAGACCGAGGAAAUUGGUGGAGACCGGGUUACUGUAUUCAGACAAGAGGAUGAAACUACCAGGACAGCUACUAUUGUUAUCCGUGGUGCCACCCAGAACCAUCUCGAUGACGUUGAGCGAGCUGUCGACGACGGCGUCAAUGUUGUCAAGGCUAUCACCCGAGACCCUCGUCUUGUUCCUGGUGCUGGAGCAACUGAGAUGCAGCUGAUUGAGCGAAUCGUUGCUUAUGGCGAGAAAACACCUGGUCUAUUGCAGCAUGCUAUCAAGAAGUAUGGUGAGGCAUUUGAGGUUAUUCCUCGUACCCUUGCGGAAAGCGCUGGGCUCGAUGCCACCGAGGUUCUUAGUAGGCUGUAUGCUGCCCACCAUAAGAGAGAUAACUGGAAUACCGGUGUCGACAUUGAGGACGAGAAAGGAACUGGGUUAGUUGAUGCCAAAGAGAAGGGUAUCUUGGACCUCCUCGUUGCUAAAAGUUGGGCUAUCAAACUGGCGACCGAAGCUGCACGUACCGUACUCUCGGUUGACCAAAUCAUCGUGGCGAGGCAGGCUGGUGGACCCAAGCCGCCAGCACCUAACCCAAAUUGGGACGAGGAUUAG